UGGGUGGGUGAGUGUGAGGUGACUGAGCGAGGGUGAGGUAGGAAGGAAGGAAGGAAGACCGACAUAGCGCCCUUCUCACCUCGCUGCUAUUUAACUCCCGCCACGAAUGAGCGGGAAGUGACUCACGUUAUUGUAAGGAUUUUGACUCCGAUGUCGCUGUAUUUUUUGGAUCAAGAGGCUUCUUGAUUUUAAUUAUUGGUUUGCACACCGCCCGACAUUCUCGGUGUGUUGACAUGUGUUUAUUUCCGUGCUCUGGAGAGUCCCGGAGAGUGCUUGCCGCCGCCCGUGGGGAGAAUGGCCGCGAACUCUACGGAUUCCGCCAGUCAUGAUUCAGCCACAGCUGUCAUUCAGAUUGGAUGACCCCCUUAGUGAGCGGCAGUCAGCUGAGCCCCUCGCCCACAGCGCCCACGGUCUCAGCCCCGACGCCAACCCUACCCCACGCCCCGCUAGCCGUCAUGUACUCCCCGGCAGCCUACCCAGACCAGCCUGCUCCCUACUCCCUGCCUACGCUGGGAGGGGAGCAGUCCGCCUUCUACUCCCCAACGGCGGCAGGGCUGGAGCUGAAGGACUCCCUGGCAGCCUCACCGAUGGCACCCACCUGGCCCUAUCCGUCCGUGUACUACCCCUACGACACCGCCCUCGCCUCCUACCCCUUCGCCGGGUACGGGGUGGGUCUUGACGCCGCCCGGAGGAAGAACGCCACCAGGGAGGCGACAGCAACCCUGAAGGCGUGGCUGAACGAGCACAAGAAGAACCCGUACCCGACCAAGGGCGAGAAGAUCAUGCUGGCCAUCAUUACCAAGAUGACACUCACGCAGGUGUCCACGUGGUUCGCAAACGCCCGCCGACGUCUGAAAAAGGAGAACAAGAUGACGUGGGAGCCGAGGAACAAGACAGACGACGACGACGAUGAUGACGACGACAAGGACGACGAUAAGAUUGACGACAAGGAUGAUAAAGAUGACGACGAUAAGAAGGACGAUAAAGACAUUCUGUUCAGCGAUGGAGAAAAGGACAAGAAGGAUAUUGAGAGCGGCCGGUCCAGCGCGGGGGCGGGAGGCACUGGCGCUGGCUCCCCUGGGGUGCCGCCCACUGAUGUCGCCCACCCAAAGCCACGCAUUUGGUCGCUCGCGGACAUGGCCACGUCGGGUGCCGUUGGCAGCGGAAGUGCCGGCGGUCUCGGGGGUCUGAGUGCUGGGGCGGGCAAGAUCAUGGGCGGCGGGAUGGCGCGAGGCCUACACCUGGAAGGGUCCCCCUACUCCCGCCCUCUCUUCCCCCACGCCUCCUACCCCUACAUUCCACCCAGCGUCAGCGAGUCUCUCCUCUCCUACUCCUACAGCAAGUCCCUGGCGGCUGGCUUCCCUCCCGUCAGCCUGACUGACGUGACCACCGCCAGCCUGCUCGCCCCAAGUCCCCUCGUCCACGACCUCUCCCGACAUGACCUCACGCGACCAGAGAUUUCACGCCCCGAGGCCAUCCGGCCCGAGCCAUCCCGUGACCUGCCUCGUGACCUGCUCAGACACGAACUUGCUCGACCGGAGCCGCACCGACCAGAGCCACGCACCCCGAUGGACAAGGACGUGUGAUGUUCCCGCGCCACCCACACCCAUUCCCAUGUGUGUUGAAAGUGUCAGGACUAUGUUAAGUCUGUUCGUCGCAGCCCGCCGCCCACCGUGGCUCGCGUGGCGAAGGCUGUCUCGUCAGAACUGAACCAAAUAAGGACCAAAGUGGCCCAGCCUCCCGUCAGAAGUCUCCGUGACGGGGGGAGGGUGCCGCGCCCAGCUUGCCGGGGACAAGGUGCCACCAGAGAGGCCGCGAGAGGAGUGUUGGGGCCAGUGUGGGAGGGCAGCAGGGGUGGACCCGUGACUGACCGACCGGCGAGAGGAAGCCACAGUGCCGCUGACUGACUUGUCACAAAAAUAGUUGCAAUGGAGAACUUUUCUCUUUAGAUGUAAUUACGAAAUCAGCUAUCUAUUAUUUCCGACGGACAGCAACUGUAUUACGGUAGACGCCAAAGAUAUUUAAUUUAGUAUGUUCCUGUACGCUACGUUUACGAAUUCAAUAUUCUUUAUAUAUCAUAAUUUCAUUAUUAUUAUCGGUAUUUCAUUAUUGAUACUAUAAUCAUUAUUAUUAUUAUUAUUAUUAUUAUUAUUAUUAUUAUUAUUAUUAUUAUUAUUAUUAUCAUUAUUAUUUUUAUUAUUAUUAUCAUUAUUAUUAUUAUUAUUAUUAUUAUUAUUAUUAUUAUCAUUAUUAUUAUUAUUAUUAUUAUAAGCAUUAUCAUCAUUGUUAUAAUCCGAGAGACUUGUGUACCUCAAGAGUGUUGGUGGUGGUGGUGGUGCAGCAACACAAACAUAUCAACUCCAGGCGAGCAGUGGCACCAAAGGGCGUGGCGUGGUGGGCGGAGGAGCAGGGCGGGCGGCGGGUGAGGUGGAUGGGUCGACUGUGACACAGACAAAUGGAACAAGAAUUAAAACUUGAAAAAUAGUUAUCGCGGGAACACCUCGUGUGAACAGAACUGUGGAGAUCUUUGGAUUGCAAGUAUAUGAGGAUGAAUACAAUGCUGAAGAGUCUCUCUCUCUCUCUCUCUCUCUCUCUCUCUCUCUCUCUCUCUCUCUCUCUCUCUCUCUCUCUCUCUCUCUCUCUCUCUCUCUCUCUCUCUCUCUCUCUCUCUCUCUCUCUCUCUCUCUCUCUCUCUCUCUCUCUCUCUCUCUCUCUCUCUCUCUCUCUCUCUCUCUCUGAAGUGGAGGUCAGACACAGCAGCUGUUAACGUCACGUCAUCUCAGCACUCACUGAACUGAUCUCGCCUCCAACACAGCAUCACACGCGUCCCUUGCCAGGCCGUCCUUCUUAAGUGGUGUGACGCUUGGGAAUGACCCUUGUGGACGGCUACAUCGAUCCCUAGCCACCGCUCAGACCACCACCACCACCACCACCGCUACCGCCGCCACCACCACUACCACCACCCUAACAAGUUACCUCACCACACCGCGGAUCACGUGGAGGCUCGUCUCAGCCAAGUGCCAUGGCGGCGUCCCUUCCCUCGUGCCAAAUUCAUUCACAUAGCGUGUUAUGCGCGUGCCAAAUGUCCCGAAGAAACAAAAGUAAGCACAAGCUAUUGACUGAUGAGUGAGAUGAGGUUUUAGCUUGCCAGGAAGAAUAUUGUACAACCUGCAAGUUAUUUUCGGCUGAGUAAAGUGUGUCAAUGUUACGUCACGGUGGUUCACGUGUUGCAGGGAAUGUGUUAAGUUUUCUUCAUGCGGAUGUUGACGACUUUUUGUGUAGGAGGGCCACUGUCCUGCCGCUUUAGGUGGUCACGCUGGCGAGGACGUGCCAGUAAGGAUGAUGUGUCAGCGUAGUCAACUGUGCCUGGCUACACUUGUACUGUAUGUAAAAAGAUUAAUCCUUGCACGACUUCAAGCACUAAGUGUACGGAUCCCGACUCCCUCUCCCUCCCUCCCGUUCCUAUGCCCCCCCCACCUUCCAUCUUCACAUCCACGCCCACGUCCACAUCAACUCCACACCCCUUCCACCUCACCCACCCGCACCUUGCAUACAGACUCGUCAAGCGUCACGCAGGCCCCUGAGGGUGAGGCACGAGGAGACGCAUCCGCCGCCUCCCCAUCACCCACCACCCACCAGAAAGUAACGCGUUGAUGCAGCUCCUGCCUGAGGGAGAACCUGAUAGUGUUGCUGCGGCAGAAGGGGUCAGGAGGACGGGGAGCUUGGUGGCUGGUGCUGCGAGAUACACACACACACACACACACACACACACACACACACACACACACACACACACACACCCACCCUCACACACACGGAGAAUCAGGGACAGCAGUAGACUUUUACCACCAUCUUCCUUUUCACUCGUUCUCCCGGUCGUUCGUGGGGAGGCAGAGUGGUUCUCACUGUCCUCUCAUCCCACUGGGCCUCUCCCCCACCACCACCACCACCACAACCCGUGCGUGGGCCGCCCUUUGCUGUCCGCCACCUUCGAGAUGACGCCGUGUGUUACCUAACUUAAGAAUUUCCUAUAAAAGUGAUUUUUUUGUACAUAUUGUAUUAUAAAGAUGAUAUUUGAACAAAUAAAUGAUUGUGAUAAUUACACUGAA